UCCCAGGGCAGUGUCACCUGGCUGCUGGGGCUGGAGGCUGCGCUGUCUCCAGCGAGGGGUGGACUGGGGCUGGGCUGCAGCAGGAAAUGCUGGUUCAAUACAAGCUACAGAGGGUGAACAGUUACAGAUGCGAUUGCAGCACAGCUUCCGUUUUCCUGGGGCUUUUAACUGAAACAGUGCAAGGCGAAGGCAGACGGGAGCAGAGCACAGGGAGGCAGCAGCACAGAACCGAGUGGGAGCAGCUAUGGGGGAUGCCUUCAUCCGGCACAUCGAGCUGCUGGGCUAUGAGAAGAGGUUCUUCCCCAGCCAACACUAUGUCUACAUGUUCCUGGUGAAGUGGAAUGACCUCUCUGAAAAGCUCAUCUACCGCCGGUUCACCGAGAUCUACAUGUUCCAUAAAGCACUGAAGGAGAUGUUCCCCAUCGAGUCUGGAGGCAUCAAUGCGGAGAACCGGAUCAUCCCACACUUACCAGCCCCCAAGUGGUUUGAUGGGCAGCGCUCAACGCAGAGCAGGCAGGGCACGCUGGCUGAGUACUGCUACACGCUGGUCAACCUGCCCCACAAGAUCUCCCGCUGCCUGCACGUGGUCAGCUUCUUCGAGGUCCGGCCCGAUGACAUGAACCCCGUCACAGACAGCCAGAUCAGGAAGCCCGAGGUGUUCCUCCUGCCCAAGGAUGCAAAGAAAAAUGCCAGCGACAUCACAGGCCCCAUCGUCCUGCAGACGUACCGAGCCAUCGCCGACUACGAGAAGAGCUCCAAGCCUGAGAUGGCUCUAAAAGCUGGGGAUGCGGUGGACGUCGUGGAGAAGAGCGAGACUGGUUGGUGGUUUUGCCAGUUAAAGAACAAGCGGGGCUGGGUGCCAGCUGCCUACCUGGAGCCGAUGGAUGGUCCUGAUGAAUCGGAGGAGCAGGAGCCCAACUAUGCUGGUGAGCUGUACAUGGUGCAGAAAAGCUACACGGCUGUGGAGGAGGACGAGCUGACACUCAAGGAGGGUGACACCAUCGAGGUGAUCCACAAGCUGCUUGAUGGCUGGUGGGUCGUCAGGAACGAUGAAACCACAGGAUAUUACCCCUCCAUGUACCUGCAGAAAUCUGGGGAGGUGAACACUCCCGAGAAAAGUGGGCUGAGGAACCACAACAUUCCCCCCCGGAGAUCCACCAUCCGCAAUGCAAAGAGUAUCCACAACAAGGGACGGAAGCAGAUCAGCCAGGAAACCUACAGGAGGAACAGCAAGAAGUACAUGCAGAACCGGAGGAACAUGAGGGGCAAUUUGCAGAACAAGGACAUCAUCUCUGAGAAAAAUGAGCAAGAAGAGAACAAGUCAAAGGCUCAGCCUGCGGUUCCUCCCCGGCCCAGCAAAGACCUCAUCAUGAACCGCUGCACAGAGAGUACCAGGAGGAAGAUCAUGUGAGGCUCUCAGCCCCCAAACCCUGCAAGCAGAUGCUUUAUCUCUCGUGCGGAGUGCGAGCCAGGCUGAGGGUCUGCGUGCCUCCCAGAGCAGCUGUGAGCCCAAGCUCUGUGUUAACCCCCCAGCACCAAGGUGCCCCAAGGAGCAGUGUGAGCACUUCCACCAGCACCUCUGGGCUCAGCCUUCCCACAGCCCAGGUUUCUCAUCACUAGCAGGUUCGCUUUUAUCCCUUAUUUGUAUUCUGAAUGAUUUUUUUUUCUUCUGGUUUUUAACAGUUACCAGCAUUGCGCUGAGAGUGCAGCCAGGGCUUCAAUCACUGUGAGAAAAGCCUAAAUAACGUGUACAAAAAGCAGUGUAGCAUAAAGAGACACUUUAUACGUGUGUUUCAACGCUUUCACGCUGUGUGUGGACAACUGAUCAAUAAACAAGAUAUCGAUGCUGAACCAAUUCGGUUAAAUAGUGAAAGCUCUCUGGUGAAAGCUUUCUUUGCUCCCUCUAGUGGGAUACUGGGGCUGGAGAUGCAGGUGUGAGGAGUGAGCUGAGCCUCGGGCGGCCAUGAAGUGAAGCGGCCGUGAGGUGAAUUUGCUUGAGGGGAAGCGGCCAUGGGGUGAGGAGGCCUUGAAGUGAGGUGGCCAUGAGGAGGCAGCUAUGAUGUGAGGAGGCCAUGAGGCUAAGCUGCCCCAGAUGGCGGUGGGGUGUGAGAUGCCGGCAGGGUAUCUCAAAGGGCUGCAGGGCUCCGCAUGGCCGUUCCUGCCCCCUUCGCAGCCUGAGUGUUGCCACGUCAGGUGGCCCUUGGCCGUCGCAGAGGGACCCAGCAUGGUGGGGGGUGGCACUGCCACACAGCGGGGAGCAGAACACGAGGGUUAUGUGAGGUGACACCGCAGCCGGCCCUGCUGCGGCGAUGCCGGCAGAGUUUGGGCCAAGUUCUGGCUUUGGGUUUAGGUUGCGGUCUCUAUUUGAGCGGGACCCACCCUCUGAGAUGGCCGGCAUUGCCGCUUUAAGACGAGGG